CAUUAAUUUUGGAGCUGAAUAAGCAAGCUAUCCUGGUAGACUGAAGGCGAAGCAGAGUAAACAAAAAAGAUUCAGGGAGAUCAUUUACCAAAGAAUUUGAACUCGGUCUGUAGGAUUCAUAGGGCUCUCAUCCGUGGGAGAAAAUCAACAUUUAUUAAAGUGACCUGAACAUAUCCUGCAACAAAGUACUUUUGGAAAGCAGGAAAAAUGAACAAUCCAACAAGUACCAGAAGUGGUGGAGGAGUUGAAACUGAUGCUUCUUCAAAACAUCAGCGGGAGAAACCUGUUGACAUGAUGGAAGUGUGGAUUAAGCCUUUUGAAAACCUGUGGAAGGACCAGAAGAAGAAGGAAUUAUGCCAGAUGUUCCAUGAAGCUCUGUCUUCCAUGGAUCGCAGAGUUCAGCAUUCCUUUGUGUUAGACCUGGUAGGUCAUAGCCAGGAUCAUUGCAAGAGAAUGGCAUUUCUGAUCUUGACGGAGUUUGAAACCAUGCUCAGUGUCAAGAAAAUGACUGAUGAGGAAUUGACCAGAAUCCUAACCCCAGAACUGAAGAUGCAAGCCCUUCACCUGGCAGCCAGUGCUCACUCCAACGUCUUUGAUAUCCUGUCCAAGCUCUUCAACCUGCAAGGACCAGACAACUCUUUCCUGGUGUCCGGAGUCAGGGUCAUGCUGGAAAAGAAACUGUUCAAAGAGGCUGCAACAUGUGUUACUAAAUGUAAACUUCAGAACUGCUUUUCAUUGGAGGAUAUCUGUCUACCUCUCAUGAUUCAAGACAAAGCCAACAUAGUAGAGAAAUAUGUCCAAGGUUUUCCAGAAUUGCAAGAGGCUCUUGUACGACAAUUGGAUGUUUUCUGUGAGCUGGGCUAUGAUAUAAAUGCAUAUCUGAGAAAGAUGGAAAGCAGUGUCCCAUGGGUGAAGGUUGAGAAGCUAAAGAGACGUCCCCUGACCAAGCUUAUACUUCAACUGGUCAAGAUGUUCAAACUGGACAGGUCGAUCUGUCCCAACACUUCCAAGUCCGAAAUCGCCAUCAAGAACCUCAUUCAUGAGAGGUAUAGCAAGGAGUCCAUGGCGCAAGAUGUAUGGGAAGAGCUUAUAGUCUUCACCAUUGGAGAUAACAAAUCCUUCCAGAUUUGUUUCAUUGACCAACUGGUAUGGUACAAAGAUGUCCCAGCAGCCGCUCGCUGGGCAAGGCAUUAUGGGAUUGAUGACAAUCAACUACCUGAGGCUGUCUUAAAGGAACUGCAGAGGUCGGAUGCCAGCAAUGCUGAACAAGAUGGAGUAGAAGAGAACUGGGAUGAAGAGUUGCCAGAUGCUCCUAGUGUUGAUUAUUAUUCCCUCAAUCUGCCAGGAGGAAGGGUCAUUCUAGUCUCCACUGCGGCCGGUAUACAACAGUGCCUUGUAGACAUCACGAGUAAGAAGCCAAAUGCAGUAGUAGGAAUUGACAUGGAAUGGAAACCACCAUUCAACCGAACACAGAAAGUCAAGGUGGCCGUGUGUCAGAUUGCAACCCAUGAGAAAGUCUACCUACUAGACAUGAGAGCCUUGUGGGUACCGGAAACCAAGGAUAUUGUCAAGACUUUCUUUCAACGGUUAUUACAGUCUGAGGACAUCCUUAAACUUGGCUUUGGGAUAUCAGGAGAUUACAAGAUGCUAAGCCAGUCCUUUCUAGAAGUCCAGGAAGCUCUGAAGGGAGAGAAGAGGACUGUGGAUAUCAAUGGAUUAAGCAAACGGAUCCUCCAGAUGAUUUCAGCCCCUGUGAACAGUUCCUUUGGACUGACGGACCUGGUCCACUUCUGCUUCGGAAAGAACCUUGACAAGAGGGACAGGAUGUCUGACUGGGAAAAGCGCCCUCUAAGUCAGGCCCAAAUGACAUAUGCUGCCCUGGAUGCCUUCUGUUUGCUAGAAAUCUAUGCUCAUCUCAAAGAGAUAGUAUCAGACCAUGGCUUACAGAUGAACAUGGAACCAUGGAUCUCUAGUAAGACAAACGAGAAGUCCAAAUCCAAGACCAAAUCCAAAUUAAGCAUGUCACCCAAAAAGAGGCCUCCAGUUGAUGAAGCCGUUAACCAGCCUCCACGAGCUCCUCGUAUAUCAUCGGAUAAACUAGCCGUGGUAUGCGACAACAUGCUGAAGGGGUUAGGGAAACAUCUCAUCUGGAAAUAUGGAGUGGAUGUUAUAAAUCUUGAUAAGGAGGAUGAACAUGAGAAGGCUGUUGAGAUUGCACAGAAAGAUGGUCGUGCUAUUUUGACAACUGGAGCGCCAUAUCACAUGCUAAAGUCACGAGUGGAAGAAGGUCGAAUCUGUUGUGUCAAAACUGGCAAGACGGUCGAGGAGCAGGCUCGAGAUGUUCUAGGAUUCUUUAACGCGCAGCCUUUGGUUGAACCUCGCAGGAAGAAGAAGAGAGUCCCAUGACUCCUAUAAAGUCUGCAACGGAUCAAGCACAGGAUGUUGCAAGUCAGCCCACCGUUGUAGGAGAUCCAUAUGGCUAUAUGACAUCUCAUGCCAGUAACAAAGACAGAUCCAGAACUGUUGCAGAUUUAUCUUCCGAAUUUGAUUCCGUGUUGGUGUGCACAGACACCGCUUUUGAGGCGUCUGGUGGAGCAUCGCAGUACAUGAACAGAUCACCAGCGUCGUACACGGAAGGUGCCCUUGACUUCAGUAAUGUCAAGGUCGGAAAGUCUGUUGACCUCCAAGUGGACUUGGUUCCUGAAGGGAUCUUUGCUUCAUAAAAUUCCCUGUCUUAGUUGUUCUGUGGAAUUUUUUGUAAUAAACCUUAUUUUGAAACAUGUGUGUUGCACACUUUAUGGACAGCAAAAGAAAGUAAACAAAGCUUCAUUUAUCGGAAAUUCUAGUGCAAGAAAAGAACCCCACUGUAUCAUUUAUAGCUACAUUGAAUUGUGUUCCUGAGUGCACAGGCACCCAUGUGUGCACACUCUCAACUUUCAUCAUGAGCCUCUGUUGUCUUUCCAUGAAUGUAUAUAUAUAUAUAUAUAUAUAUAUGCCCUUUAUAGUCAAGUAUAUUUUAUCAUAGUCGGUCUACAUUUUGGCAAUUAUUAGUGGAAUUAUUGCGGAAUCAAAUACCACAAUGAAAAAAUGCAAUUGCAAGCAUUUGUAGUUGCUCAAGCUUUCAUUACCUUUACAUUAUAAUAAUAAUGGUACAUGUGUUUAUUCAAUAAUCAAUCAUCAUUGCAGCUCAAGAGCUGAAUUACGAAUGAUCAUGUACGCUUAAUUGUGACAGCUAGUGAUAUUCAAAUUUAUGCCAUAUACGUAUGUGUGAUAAUAGUAUUGUUUAUGGCGAUUGGCUUGGAAUAAAUAUGUCCAAGUCACCGUGCCUUAUGAUGUUUGAAACUUUCUUUAUUAUGCUGUAAUGAUUUCCUUUCUCCACCCAGAUGUUAAAUGGGUACCCGGUAGGAUGCGAAAGCCAAUGUGCUUAGAUUAGCAAGUGUGUGCUUGUAAAAAUGAUGCACUGGCUGGAAUGCUC